UCGAUAACAUUGUGAAGGGGUUGAAUUGAGAAAACGAUUUGUUGAAUACAUCCAAAAUGCAGAUCAUCACAACUUGUACAAUCCUCUUUAUUUUGAUAUUAAAUAUGUUGUGUACAGGCCAAGAAAAGAAUGACUGGAACAUCACCUUCCAUCCACCAGAAGUUACUGCAGUUACAGGAUUGUGUGUCCUCAUUUCAUGUACCUUCACUUAUCCAGGUGAAGCAAAACCUAGUAAUGUUCUGUGGAAUGCGUGUAAUAAAAAAGGUAACUGUAGUGAAAUAUUCAACUUAAGAAAGCUGACCGACGAAAACGUGAAAGAAAAUAAAUCAAGACGGAUUGAGAUGCUUGAACAUGAUCUGACCAAGAACAACUGCAGCAUCAUCAUGAAAAACAUUACAGCAAUUGAUAAAAAACAUUAUAUGCUCAGACUGGAGGAGUCUAGUCGAAACACUUAUAACCUCACAGUUAAGAUCACCAUCCAAGAUAAGCCUAAAAUGAAGGUUCCUCUUCUCAUUGAAGGACAGAAGGCCGAUCUCAGAUGUUCAGCUCCUUUUCCUUGUCCUGAAACUCCUCCUAAAAUAACAUGGUGGAUCAAGACAAGAGAGGAAAACAUCACCUAUCUAAAGGAUAACAUCAUCCUGACCAAUUCCAAAAGCCUUUACAAUUCCACGUUGACCUUAACUCUAACCUCUGACCUGGACAAUGCCACUGUAGCAUGUGAAGUGAGCUACGGAAGCAAAACCAUCAGUACAAACAGGACCCUCAAAGUCACAUGUGAUACAAAUGAACUGAAAGUGAACAAGUCCUUCAGUCCUGGAAGUGAAAACAUCCCACAAAAUGACACCACAAAAACAACAGGUAUAGAAGAUUUCUUUAAGAAUUUGAACAUCUCAACGAUACUCGCAUUUGUGGUGGGAAUGAUGUGUUCGGCGCUCAUCUUCUCAAUGGUUUUGUGUUGUUGGGUGUUUUGCCACAGAUGCAAACACAAAGUGCCAACUGCAAAUACAGAGACUGAAGACAAUUUGGAGAUGGUGCAGACAGACGUAGCUCAGACUGGAAUCAAUGAGCAAACACCUCUUCAUGGACAGCUUAAUGGAGGGAACCCAAACACGGCUGAACCAACAGACACAGCAGAGGUAGACAAAGCAGUCGGGGCGGAAGCAGGAGAGGUCGAUUACGCCAGCAUCGAUUACUCCCUUUUAAAGGCUAGACCACCUGAGGAGCAAGAGACAGAACCUACAGACACAGACUAUGCUGAGAUCAAGAGGGACAGGAGAGGAGAUGGGAAGGAGAGGGAAGUCCUUCAAGAUGAAGAUGACCAGCUUGAAACACCCAACCAGAUGGAUGGAGAGGAGGAACCUUAUCCUAACUCACAGGAGCUGAAAAGUUAAGGACCUACAGAGUCUUGAAUACACCCAACAAUAUUAGAAUUUUUAAGAUAAUGUUUCUAUAUUAUUUUCAGAUGCUUAAAAAGUAUAGAAUGUAUUAUUUUUGAGCUUUUAUGUGUCUAGCUUAAUAGUUUCAACAUAAUAGUUGCAUGAAAUUUUAUUAGAUUAUUCUCCAACAUCUGUUUACAUGUGUGAAAAUAUAAAUUUCCCAGUUUCUUGCAAGGUUUUUUCGUUGUUUUUGUUGUUGAAAAGGUUUCUAAUAUGCAUUUAAGGAAGUUUGUGCUUACUGCAACAUCUGCAGAUAUAUAUAUAUUUUUUAUGUAAAUUAAAUAAA